AUGACUACCAAGAGCAAAUUCGACAGCUCGACAACUCUGAGUAUAUGCGAAGAGGGCUUCGGGGUCACAAAGGAAAAGAGUAUUUUGCAAAAGACAUGCACUUUUCGAGUAUGGCAUAUUCUAUUACUCUUGACCAUGAUACUCACCAUUAUAGCAGUUGUCGCGGGUGUAUCGGCAAAGUAUGCCCCUGUAUCAGGUACUGCAUUGAUAUUUGUAAUUAAACUUCCUUUGAAAUGUUCUUUUUUCUAUUUUUUUUUCCGGAAACAGUUGCCAUAAUGGCAACUUAACCGAAUGCUACGUACGAUAUAAUAUUCUCUUUUUCUUGUUGGUGCGAAUCUCAAUAACCUCUGAAUAUAUCGAGGUAGAGACUUUGAGGUUUUAUAAAAUCAUUUUGGAAUGAGAUAUUGGCUCUUUGAAGCUUCAGUAUUCCGGUUUAGAUUUAGAUAUCCCGAUUGUUCAAACGCUUCUCUCUAAGCUGCCUGGCUAGAAGUUACGUUCUCGUGAUAGUGAUAGAGGUGUAUAGAUCUUAAAUUGUUCCGAAACCAGCGGUCUGAGUUGUUGCUGCUAAAUGAAAUUAUUAAACUGUGAUGCGAUACUUUAAAACACAAGACAACAACUGAAUUUUGAAUUGAUGUAGCUCUACAGUUCGUGAUUCCCUUCAGCCUAUCCCGAUCUAUUGCGAAUGAAAAAUUGAAACUGUUGAACGGAAAACGAUCGGAUUUUCAUGAAUAAUAUUUUUAAUGAAUUAUAAUUUGAUUUUUUAGCCUUUCUUUUCUGUUGAAAGUAUAUUUUCUGUUUUAAAUUAAGAAAUGUACCAAGAUAGUCAAUUUUUCCCCUAGUUUCCAAGCAUAGACACACCUUGGGCGGGAAAAUUUCAUCCCGGAAAAUUCGUUGUCAUUACGAUUCACGCGGAAUUUGGUUACCGAUCUCAUGAUCGCCGCUCGCAAAGCAGGUUGAUCAAAGUGCCGGUUCAGUUUCAUCUAUACCAAGCUUUCUUUAAUCGUGGCAAUCAGUUGCCUCUCAGGAAGGGAGAUGAAGAAAAUUGCCUGUAGCUACAAUCCACUGAUUGCUCUAAAUUGUGUAAAUCGGCGUGAUGGGGAGUUUGACGCCUGCAUAUUCCUUAUACUAAGAAGGACUACUUGAAAAGCACCGAGAGAAUUUAAGCAACCGCUGAAAUUCAAACCUUUGCUACGACAACUAAAACAUCAAUCACACCUAGUCCAAAAACAAACAUAAAAAAUUACAAAAUAUUAGUGCAACUCCAUUUCAGAGGCCACAGGCCAAUCCCCCAUCCCCCCAUAGAUUUAAAAAUACGUACUUAGACCAGUAUGGGAGAAGUAUGGGCGGGAUGAUGCGCAGUAUUGCCCUAUUUUAAAUGUUACGCAAUAUCGUCAUGUCAUGCAGUGACGCUAGGAAGCGUCAAAUACCGCAUCGUCUAUUAUUUGUAGCCAUCAGAAUCAUUUACUGUCAUCUUGACAAUGAAGGCAAAAACAGGAAAGUUAUUUCAUUUUGAUGUUUCCAGGAAAAAAAAGACAAAAACAAAAAAAACUGCUAAGCGAAUGGUUAAUUUUUUUCAUUAUCUUAUCAGAAGAUGAAGGGACAGGCACAACCAAAGAAACGGACGUUACAACUAAAGAGAAACCAACAGAACCUUCGGCCCCAUCCAAGGGAACUGAGCCGAAACCCAGUCAGAAACCAACAACUCGUCAGGAAACAACGGUGAAAACUACGCCUUCUUCUACUACUACUGAAACAAAAGCCAGUGUACAACCCUCAACCGACGCACAAACGACGGUAAAAGUCACACCUACCACUGUAGCUCCCGCCUCAGAAGCAACGACCGAAACCACGACAGGACCUAUAAAAACGCAGGAUACUACCACAGCACAACUAACAACCACAGAAAAACCAACUACUACUGCUCCACCAACAACCACUGCUCCAACAACCACAGCACAACCAACAACCACAGAAAAACCAUCAACUACUACUCUGACAACCACAGCACAACCAACAACCACAGAAAAACCAUCAACUGCUGCUUCAUCAACAACAGAUAAACCAUCAACAGCUGCUCCAACAACCACAGCACAACCAAAAACCACAGAAAAAUCAUCAACUGCUGCUUCAUCAGCAACAGAUAAACCAUCAACAGCUGCUCCAACGACCACAGCACAACCAACAACCACAGAAAAACCAUCAACUGCUGCUCCAACAACUGCAGAAGAACCAACAACAACUGUUGCAGUUACAGCUACUGGCACAUUGACCACAGUGAAACCAACAACUACUGUUUCAGCAUCAUCUGCUGGGCCGACAACGGCAGCACCUACCACGGACCCUCAAAGAAAUAUUAUAGAGUGCGACACAGCCAUAGUUGGAGCAGGUAAGAACUGGAUAUCACCGUUUGGCAUCAAAUUCUGCAAGGGAUUGUUACUCUUGAGUAUCAUAAACGUGUACUGUUCAAGUCUCUUAACCCUUUAUUUUUCCUACUUGCCACAAAUUUAUUUUGAAGUAAUUAAGGGAAUUUGUUAUCAUAUCAGGAUAACACUUUCAGAUAACACCCUUGUCACGUUUUCAGAUAGUUUUUUGAUAUUGUUAUAGAAAGUCAGACAUUGCUCAAGUAAUUAUGUUGGUAAUCUCUUCAAUUCUUUUUAAAGUCUAUUUUCUAAAUUUAUAGGUGCGGGUGGCUUAUUGGUGGCAUAUUCACUUUUGGACAAGACGAAUGAAACACACGUGUGCGUCUUUGACACAGAGGACAGCGUUGAAAACGUUCAUGACAUUGUUUUUCCUCAAGUACCGGAUGUUUCAGUUGGUAAGUUUAACAUAACACCAAGAGUCAAGCUGUAUCUAUGUAGCCAUCGAUAGCUAUCGUUGAAUUGAGGAUUAAAAAGUUAUUUCACAUCAUUUAAUCGCUCCAACAACGUAUGAAGACAACGUUUCCCUUUUUUCUUUUUUUUUUUUUUUUUUUCAGGCUUAGGGCAGUGGGACAUUACCGAUGAACACUAUGCAGAAAUGUAAGUGUUAAUUUAUCUCAGACUUAUUUCUUAGUUGGUAGUCAAUAACUAUGAAUCUUGACAGUUUUUUUUUUUUUAAAAGCUCGAAGACACCUAAGAACCUUUAAGAGUACAAAACUGUGUCGUGAUAAGUAAGCCAUUUCAUAAUAUUUCCUUAGGAGUGAAUGCUGACUAUGAAAUAUGUAACAUAAGGAUACCCAAGCAUAGAUGAGCUAUCUGAAAAGAACUGAUCCCCACAAGUAAACUGCAGCCGGAACUUAUUUGUCUUUAGGCUUCGAAGGGAUUGGAACCUAUUCCCCGCUGAUACGAAUUAGGCGCCAUUGCUAACUGAGCAACACCUUGAGAGCAAGGCAAAUUUUCGUUGCUUCUGUAUCAUGCGCAUCUUAAACUCUGAUUUGUUUCAUUUAACCAUGCACAUCAAAGAAUAAAGGAGAAAAAAAAAACAGAAACGAAUUAGGAGGGCCAUGAAUGGAGACCAUAACAUCACAUCGCAAAUUAAAAUCAUUGAGAGGUUAUAACAGAACGUAAACUACGAACAAAUUGUGAUGUAGACAAAAAUUUGAAGGAGAUGAGUACGAUUCAAUUAAUAUCUGUUUUCAUUUUUAGGGACCUUUUCUUUCAUUUAUUCCACGGCAUUGAUGUCGCGUGGAAUCCAAAAAUUAAACGUGUUGAAGCUCGUGGACAGUAUGCAAAUAGCUUUGAUGAUUUGAAGUUAAAUGCCUUUCCAACUUUACGGGACCGUGCGCCACUCAACAAUAAAUCACUCAGGGAAGCUGCAGAUUUCAUCUCUAAAAAUCAGAGAAAUUUCACGCAGUUCUCAACCGCGGAGACUUUCCUUUCGUACGAACUGUCCCCGGAGGGAACCAAGAUUAUGGCAGAAAAGUUUGGCUUCAAGGGUGACUACAUGCAAGCCAUAAAUCCAAUGAGUUAUAGAGCUUAUCUUCAGGAAGAACUACAUGUUACCUACCCAUCGUCAGAGACCAGAAGACCUCCUAAUUCCAAAGGAAUGUCCGAAAUUGUCACAGAACUUAGAAAAAAAGUGGAAAGUAGAGGCCGUAAAAUUUCUUUUGAUGAGACAGUUGUUUCUAUCAACAAAGAAGGAGAUAAAUUUCUUCUUCAAACUACCAAAUUAACUGUGAAAGCCAAUAAAACAGUUAUCACCGUUGGACCAGCUGCUCUAAAGAAGAUCGAAGGUGACGUCAUUCAGAAUAUUACUAGUCAUCAAAUAUUUGAAUCAAUUGUUGGUGUGCCUGCUUUCUAUGGAGCAGCGGUAUAUGAUAAACCAUGGUGGAAUGAUACAACUGCCACUCAAAAGAACAACAGUUUGCAGCCUUUGGAGAAGUUCAUAUCCAGCAGUGACUGCCUGGGAAUUACCAUGCCUUACAAGCCAGUACUCAUAAAUCGUUACAACCUUCCAUAAAGUUUCAAAAUAAUGCGUCAAUCAAUUCGAAGCCUCAAUAUCUCCACGGUGAAUCCUCCCUCGGGGUAUUUGAACUAUUUAAGAAUGGUUUACUCAAAUUCCCGCCCCUGGGCCAAAAUUGCGUCAGCAUGCUCCACUCAAACACAAUUUUUUAUCGAACGAGUCUUUGUGUGAUCGACGAAUGUUAAAGAAUUUAGCACUCACUUACUUAAUUUUUUGGGCCGCUGUUGGAUUUUUCUCUUGUAAGCAUCAUUUUACAAUGUGAGAGUAUUCUUCUAAGCCACUCGCCCACGAAAGCGGACUCUCAACUUCUAAACUUCUCCUUUAAAAUCAAAAUACGUAUUACACGGAUUUAAAUUACACACGCUUCUCAGACAAGGUUCGAAUUCCCUACCUCCGGGUCGCGAACAACGGUCAAAUUUCCAUGGGUUGCCCCGGGGGAUGUUGAAACAUCGAAUUGAUCGGUGCAUAAUUUCCCUCUGCGUAAAAAAGCUGACUUCUACAAUGUUCUUAGUAUAUCUUAUGGGCUAGCAAGUUUAAUCCCAAUUGUGAAAUAGCAUCAAAAGGUUUGCCCAUUUAUAUAGAAAAAAGGGGAUUGAAAAUUGGAAAAAUUGGGAAAUAUCACUCGGAUACUCCCGAGCUGGUCUAUGAUGAAGCAAAUAAAGCCAGGUGGUGUUUUUUGACAUAUCACGCUCGUGCCAAAAUAAUUAAUGAACUACAUAUUAUUAUUGUGACUUAUCACUCAAAAGCCUGUUCCUGUUCCUUAUUUUUGUGGUAGAGGUAAUGGAACCAGCGGAAAAGUUGUGUUACACACAAUAGCUAAUAAUGGAGGAUGUAGCGAUAAGUGGGGGAAACUUUUGGAGAUUUCUAAAUCUAAUGAUGUCAUCGACAAAGAACUGAAACGCGCUCUGAAGUACAAGUUUCAACGUGAUAUUCCAGAUCCUUUGGAGACUGUUUACAAAUAUUGGAAGGAAGAGUUUUGGUAAGUGCAGUGUUGAAAGAUAAAAAAAAAAAGUAUGAUAAUCAUUUAUUAUUGCUUUUGUCUUAUCAAAAACGCCAUUUCUGAUAAAAAUGUUCUUAAGAUAGUUUUCCGCUCGAUUCUUAAGUUGUAAUAUCUUUUUCUCGUCAACAGCAAACAGCAAUGAUCUGCGUUUGGUUUCGUCUCAAAACCCAUGCUCUAAGUUUUCGAAUUUGUAUAAUGCGUAUUCAUUGCAGGAAAAUGUGAGAUCAUAUCUCCUUUUUCCGUAUGGUCUCUCCUAUUGAUAUCUGCUGAACACAAUGAGUGUGAAUGUGGAUGAACGAGUGGCCCUCGAUUUUCCGCCCGCAGUCGUUUCGUUUAGCAGAUAUUUAAUAGAGAGCUCUUGAGAAGGAGAGAGAGAUCCGUUGUCAACGAGCGAGUGCCAACUUUGCUCACUUUCGACAGGUUCAAUUCUGCGCCAUUUUUGUUCUGUUUUGUUUUUGUUUUUUUAAUGAAGAGUUCUGAUUGUUAGAUUUCAUUAUUCAAUGACGUAGGUUUUUUCAGAAGCCUGGGGCCAACUUUAGUUCAACGACCAUUCAGCAAUGGGCAAGACGACCGCUAGCUGGACAAGAUGUGUUCUUGGUGAACAGAGCGUAUUACAAUUUCGGUGGAUAUCUGGAAUACACCAUACGAUCUGCUCUUGAGGCCGUAAAAGAGGGUUGGAAUUCUGAGCUUCCAUUCGCUGUAUGAAGCUGCUGACUACUUGGAUUUCAUGAUUUAUGAUGUCUGGCAAGAAAAGAACAUUAUACUUUUGUAAAAGAUGGGAAAACUAUGACUUAGAAAGUAUUUAGUUUAGGUGACUUUGAGUCGUAAAGUUUGUCGAAAUUCAAUUAAGCAUUAUAAAUAGUUGUAAUUUUUAUAUAUCCCAUUUAAAUAAGACUUCUUUAUUGACGUCAAUGAUAAUCAUUUAAUAUUUCCUCGAUGAUUUCUAUUGAGGUAUUUUAUGUGGCUUUGUCGAGUGUCAGUAUGCAAAUAGAACAAUCAGAGUGAUCUCCAUGCAUUUAUAAAGAGAUGUAAAACUAAUUCGUUCGUUAGGGAAAGAGGAACAUCGUUGUAGAG